GGGGUUUUUUUUUUUCUAGAUGUUCCAGCUCGGUUAUAAAGUGUGUAAAAGCGUCAGUCGAAGCUACACAGUAAGUCCCUGCAACUUCUAGCAUCUUCACCUUUACUUCUCCCAUGACAAAGCAGCUAUGGCUGUGUGGAUCUCUGAAGCAGGAGAAUGAGCUUUCGAGGGCGAAGAUGCCACCAUCUUUCACCGAAGACUGUCCUGCUUAACGGAUCGAUUAGCUGACCAACAACUACUGGAGAGAACUGCGAGUGUGAGAAUCGUUAUCGAUUAGUGUCGUCCCCAUGGCUGCUGUGAGCGGUGUCAACAUGCUGUCCCCGCUCGGAGAGGCGGCGAGGGCAGGUCCGGGAGGAGCGGCAGCGCUGUCCGCGGUGUCUCUCACCAACACGUCGGUGUCCUCCAGCCCGACGCCAGGUACCGACACCCGGGGCUGCGAGAACGGCGCCCUGAUGGACUCGUUCGGGAUUUUCUUGCAAGGUCUCCUCGCCGUGAUGGCUUUCAGCACGCUCAUGUUAAAACGCUUCAGGGAGCCUAAACAUGAGAGGAGACCCUGGAGGAUCUGGUUCUUGGACACCUCAAAACAGGCAAUUGGGAUGCUGUUCAUUCACUUUGCUAAUGUCUACUUGUCAGACCUCACAGAGGAAGAUCCCUGCUCACUAUACCUCAUUAAUUUCUUGUUAGAUGCUUCUCUGGGCAUGUUGCUGAUCUAUGCAGGGGUAAGAGCCGUCAGCGCUAUUGUAGAGUGGAGGCAGUGGGAUUCUCUGCGCUUUGGAGAAUACGGGGAGCCAGUGCAGUGCACAGCAUGGUUGGGCCAAUGUAUCCUCUACAUCCUCAUCAUGAUGUUUGAGAAAGUCCUUAUAAUGUUGGUCCUGCUCAUCCCCCAGUGGAAGAAGCUGGCUCUCCUCAACCCCAUACAGAACCCUGACCUGGAGCUGGCCAUCGUCAUGCUCAUCGUUCCGUUCUUCAUCAAUGCCCUCAUGUUCUGGGUGGUAGAUAAUUUCCUCAUGAAGAAGCAUAGAACAAAAGCAAAGCUAGAAGAGAGAGAAGAGGACUCACGAGGAAACAGCAAGGUCCGCUACAGACGAGCUCUUUCCCACGAUGACUCAGAAUCAGAGAUCCUUUUCUCAGCAGACGAUGAAAUGGACGAGUCGGAUGAAGACGAUGUCCGUCGACUCACUGGUCUGAAGACAGUGAAGAAGAAGAAGCUUCGCAUGGGGAUCCCUCCAGGCGAGGUAAAGAAGAAGAAGCGCCCUCCGAUGAAGGAGGAGGACCUGAAAGGAGCUCGCAGUAAGCUCGGACUGAAGGGCGAGGUCAAGAGUAAGACCUAUGAGGUCAUGGUGGAGUGUGAGCGUAUGGGCAAAGCGGCUCCGUCUGUGUUCAGCGGUGUGAGGACGGGAACCGAGACAGUCCUGGAUAAACCUACUGCUGCCAAAGCUCCUGGAGCCAGUGUGUUCGGCAAAUAGACGAACAGCAGUAUGAAACCAAACACACACUGUAGUCUUCACGUUUCAGAGUCAGUGGUAUUACUGCAUUAUGUGGAUUUUGUGGCUUAUUUUGAUAUAACUGCUAUUUUUUGUAAAAUUAUUUGCUUUUGGGGAUUUUUUUUUACCUGAUCAUUUUCCUCUGUGUUAAAAUGUAAUGUUGUUUUAUUUGCAAGUAGUAAAAAGGUUGUUUUACUGUAUUUGUAUUGCUCCAAAUACAGGUAAAUAGUAAUUGUAACAAACAAACUUGUUAAUUUGAAAACCACAAUCAUAAUAAUCCUCAGCUCUAAGGUAUGUGUCCAAGAACACUGCUGCAUAAAAGCACACAAUGUUUGCAUCUGUUACCGUUAUUGUGUACAAAGUUUGAACGUCAUUAUUAAAUAUUAAGUUUGGAAAUAAUCUAUGCCUAAAAAAAA